CGUCUUUGUAAAAGUCAGUGUUAGCUUCAAACUCGCAGCAGACACCGCGGGUUUGCUCGUUUAUUGUUCCGGGCGCUUUUUAUCAACACAAAACCAAACUGCAACACGUUAAAAGUUGAGCGUAGACCAAUCACUACUAGAGCGUCGAGCUGUGCGGUAUAAAUGUGAGGCUGUUAACGUAGACACGCGCGUCUCCCGCCGGCGAAGAGUAGAACGCAAGAACCUGUGAAGAUCCUGAAACGGCUCUUCUCUUUAGGGCAGCAUGUGAUGAUCACAGAGUUGCAGGACGACAAACUCCAGUCGGUUUCCACUCUUGUCAGCCUUUGGACAUCAAAAUGUGUGAUGUUAACCCCUGCCCCACUGUGAGUGGAAAUCCUCCUCCACCCAUGGCAACCAAUCCCAAGAGGCUCGGACGUGUCACCAAUCAGCUUCAGUAUCUGGAGAAAGUGGUGAUCAAAGCUCUGUGGAGGCAUAACUUUUCCUGGCCCUUUCGCCAGCCGGUCGAUGCAGUGGCUCUGCGUCUCCCUGAUUAUUAUACAAUUAUUAAGAAUCCUAUGGAUCUUGGCACCAUAAAGAAGCGUCUUCACAACACGUACUACUGUGAAGCACAUGAAUGUAUUAAAGACUUCAACGCUAUGUUUACCAACUGCUACAUGUACAAUCGGCCUGGAGAUGACAUAGUGUUUAUGGCACAAACUCUGGAGAAGCUGUUUUUGCAGAAGAUUUCUCAGAUGCCCAAAGAAGAGAGUGAAUCCACAACAGUCUCUGCAAAGGAACCAGUGAGAGUGAAACAGGCAAAUGCAGGUGUUCUGAAGCAUAGACCCAUGGUCUCUGAAGUCGUUCUCCAACAGACGGUGACAGUCAUUCCGCCUGACAUGCCUCAGCUCAUCCCACCCAUGCAGCUGUCAACACAAAUUGAUGCAGCAAUGAAAAAAAGUUUUAAGAGGAAAGUGAACUCGCCACCCUCCUCCACCUCGGUGAUCACCACCAGCAGCAAGGCUCCUCCUGCUCCUCCUGCUAAGGAGCACGUGGCGCCAUGCAAGUCCUUCUCCAGGAGAGGCAGCGGACGGCCCAUCAAACCCCCGAAGAAAGACUUGCCCGACUAUGAGGAUAAGAAGGUGGGACUGUCGAAGCAGCUCAGGUUCUGCAACGAUAUCCUGAAGGAGAUGCUCUCGAAGAGGCACUGCACCUACGCGUGGCCCUUCUACGCCCCUGUCGACGCGGAGGCGCUGGGUUUACACGACUACCACGACAUCAUCAAGCAGCCCAUGGACCUGAGCACCAUCAGGAAAAAAAUGGAUCAGCGAGAGUACACGCACGCAAAGGAAUUUGCCGCAGAUGUGCGACUGAUGUUCUCCAACUGCUACAAGUACAAUCCACCGUCACACGAGGUUGUCUACAUGGCAAGAAAACUACAGGAAAUAUUCGAGGCUCGUUAUCCGAAGCUUCCACAAGAACCCGAGGCUUGUUCUGCUGCUCCUCGUCAGCGCGUCAUCAAUGGGAAAACGGACAGAGUCGGCAGUCUGUCGACCUCUGCGAGUUCUUCGAGUGACAGUUCCUCAGAGGAAGGGAGUUCAUCAGAGGAGGUGGCCAUGCAGCUCGCCAGCUUAGAGGAGCGGUUGAAAGCUGUCAGUGAUCAGCUAAAGAGACUCUCUCAGGACCCGCUGAUGAAACCAAAGAAAAAACACAAGAUUAAAAAGGAAAAGAAGUCCAAAGAAAAGGACACAGCUGGACUGAAGAACAAAUCCUCCAAAUGCAAAUCUGUCGUGGAAAAAGUCCCCUGCAUGAAGAGCGCUUCUUUACAAAAUAUUCACCGACUGCCCAUAAAAUGUGAGGACGAGGUCCCGUCGCUACCAAUGACCAACCAGGAGAAGAAGCUGUUGAAAUCGGACAUCCGCAAGCUGCCCGGUGACAAACUGACCACGUUGUUGGAGAUUAUUCACACCAGGGAGUCUCGUCUCAGACACUUGUCUCUGGAGCAGAUGGAGGGUGCCCUUGAAAUUCUCAAGCCUUCCACACUGAGAGACCUGCAGAGGUUUGUUGCAGCAUGUCUGAGGAAAAGCAGCAAGAACAUCAGCACAGUCAAAGAAAAGGUCUCCGGAGUAAUGCAGAAUGGGAAACCAAAGACAGCUGGCAAAUCUGUGGUCUCCAGUAAAGAGCAGCACUUAAUUAUAAACAAGAAGGCUGCAGCUAAGUUCAUCACCUCUCCUUAUCUGAGCUGCCUCAGUGACAGCAGCAGCAGCAGCAGCAGCAGCAGCUGCAGCUCAUCUUCCAGCUGUGACAGCAGCAGCAGCAGCAGCAGCAGACAUUCAAACACAUGUGACAGCAGUGACUGUGAAUCAGUGCCAAAAAUAAAGAAGCAGAAAAGCAGUGAAACUUGCCAAAAGGUGAAGACAAAGGUCACACGUGUGGGCUGCAGUAAGCCGAUAAACAAGCCAAAGGUUUUGACAAAAGCUUCAGCCCAGACGUGUCCACUUCCUCCUGCAGAGGCCAAAGGUCAUGUGAUGCAUCACAAUGAAGACCAGGCCUGCAAUAAGCCCACUUUAUGCCCUCCAGAUUUGUCCACCCUUCUGUCCCCCAUGGUGUCUCCAGCAUACAUGACUGAAUGGGCUGCUGCCAGGUUUGAGGGUCCACUGCUGUCCCCGCUGAGGGAGAGUCCACUACAGUCCAGAGACGAGACAAAGUCAGAUUAUGGAUUUCCCGAUGACGUCCUGGACGGCGAGUUAAAUCACGUGCCUUACACCAACGCAGCAAGUCAACCUGCCGAAGAGGAAAAACCUCAAAUACCCAAAAAGGACAUUGUUCUGAAAAACGCUGAGUCAUGGGCCAGACUCACGAGACAGUCUGUCACCGUCACUGCCAUCAAGUCGUCGAGGGAGAGCUUUCAGCAGUUCCGUAAGGCUGCCAUGGAGAAAGAGGAGCGUGAGAAAGCACUGAAGAAGAAACUCACUGGAGAGAACAAGGAGAAGGAGGCGCCGGAAAACUACAGCCUGCCAGAUCAAUGCAGAGCUGAACAAAACCCACAACCCGCUAAAGAGGAGCCCGUUUCACCCGAGAGUAUUCACACAGACGUGGCCUCAGAUGCUCCCAAAGAUGUGGAGCAGCUGCAGUCUCCCAGGGAAGCUCCUCUGGUAACCAUACAGUGCCCCGUUGACAAGCAGCGGGAGAUUGCGCGGAAAAAGGAGCAGGAGCGUCGCAGGCGGGAGGCUAUGUGUUGUAUCGACAUGACUAUGCAGCGGGACAUCAUGACGACGUUUGAGCUCAACCUGGACUAAAAAAAAAGAAAUCAAAAUACAACACCUGGGAUUUACUUGAAACUAUGUUCCCAUUCACAGCAGAGGAAGAAAAGGGAUUUAAUAAAGUCAUAAAUGUUAGUCAAUGUUUGCACUGAUGCACUCUCUGGGUUUGGGAUUGUUGGGGCUUUGAAAUGUGAUUUCUGUUUUGUUUGUUUUCCUCUUCUUUUCACACGUGUGGAUGUCGUCGACUGACCGCUGCGUCCGUGCACUGCUGUAAAAAUGCCACACUGUUGUCUUACUUCCUGUGUUAGGAUGCUGUUAUGUUGAGGUUCACUGGUUAAAGGGAUAGUUCAGGUGGAGCUGACACAUUGUCACCACUUACCACAUGGAGCAGAACCACUAAGUCUACAAUGUGUCUGGAAUAGGUUUUACACUGUUGGACGGACGUUUUUGACUGGAAGGCAGGAAACACAGGAGCUGCUGCUCUUCUGCUGGAUUAGGAGGGAGAGCAGUUUACAAAGUGACAUAAACUUCCAUUACCAGUCAGUAAUGGCUGACAUACAGUGACAGAUGGACGUGUCAUUUGUUAAUCAGUGAUUCAUGCGACCACUUUUCAUAAAAAAACAAACACCUGACCUUUCCCUUUAAUGUGUCCACAGACUGCAGUAAGAAUGUCACUGUGUUCUUGUUUCCAUUCCUCUGUUGAUUGUAACCACCAAAGAAAAGAUGCUGAAUGUUUACUGAAGACUACUUCUCUCUAUGUUCUACUGUGUGUGUGUGUGUGUGGGUUUAUGCUCACACACACACACACACACACACACACCUGUGAAUGAUUAUUUUGUUUCUCAAAUGCUGCACCACGUAAACAUCAGCACUGACUGAUGGAAAAUGCACUGCACUUUGUUGUUCAUACAGUUCUGCCUGUUCCAAUCCUGAUUUCUUUGGACAUUAUAUCAGUAUAUAUAAUCGCUUAGCAUUGAAAUAUGCUAAUAAAAAUAAUAUUUUUUUCUUAUCCGGAAUAAUAAAAAUUAUUUUCACUAAGCAACU